CCUGAAACUCAGGGAGCUGCUUGGAGAAGAAAAGAAAUGCAUGUAAGUGGAGGAAGGAGGAAGGGGCUUCGAGGAAGAAAAUGAGACCAUGUUAAAAAAAGUGGCAAUUAUUGGAGCUGGUGUCAGUGGACUGGCAUCCCUUAAGUGUUGCCUGGAGGAAGGACUUGAUCCCAUCUGCUUUGAGAGAAGUGAUGACAUUGGAGGACUCUGGAAUUUCACAGAACAGGCAGAGGAGGGCAAAGCCAGCAUCUACCAUUCCGUGUUCACCAACUCCUGCAAAGAAAUGAUGUGCUAUCCUGACUUUCCUUUCCCUGAUGAUUAUCCAAAUUACAUGCACAAUACUAAGCUCCAGGAAUACAUAAAGAUGUUUGCCAAACACUUUGAUCUUUUGAAAUACAUAAAGUUCAAGACCAUGGUCAUCAAGGUAACAAAAUGCCCUGAUUUCUCCGUCACUGGCCAGUGGGAUGUUAUUACAGAAAAGGACAGGAAGGAAGAGUCCUCUGUAUUUGAUGCUGUCAUGGUUUGUUCUGGGCACCAUGUAUAUCCAAAUUUCCCAGCUGAACAAUUCCCUGGGAUUAAAAAGUUUAAAGGCAGCUACUUCCACAGCCGGGAAUACAAAGGUCCAGAAAAAUUCAAGGGGAAGAAAGUGCUUGUGGUUGGAUUGGGAAACUCUGGCUCUGAUAUUGCUGUUGAGCUUAGUCACACAGCAUCUCAGGUUUAUCUUAGCUCCAGGAGUGGCUCCUGGGUGAUGAGUCGUGUUUGGGAUAAUGGUUACCCAUGGGAUAUGCUGUAUGUAACUCGCUUUGAAACCUUUGUUCGAAAUUCCCUCCCGACCUCCAUCAGUGACUGGCUGUACGUGAAGAAGAUGAAUCAGAAGUUUAAGCAUGAGAACUAUGGCCUGAUGCCUUUAAAUGGAACUCUGCGCAAAGAGCCGGUGUUCAACGAUGACCUCCCAAGCCGUAUUGUCUGUGGGAUGGUGCUGGUAAAACCCAAUGUGAAGGAAUUCACGGAAACCUCAGUUAUAUUUCAAGAUGGAACCAAGCAGGAAAAUAUUGAUUGUGUCAUCUUUGCAACAGGCUACAGCUAUGCUUAUCCCUUUAUGGAAGAUGACUCCAUUAUCAAAUGCAGAGACAAUGAGGUUACUUUGUACAAAGGCAUUCUCCCUCCUCGACUAGAGAAGCCAACUAUGGCUGUCAUUGGGCUGGUCCAGUCUCUUGGUGCAAUUAUUCCAACUUCUGAACUCCAGGCUCGCUGGGCUAUCAAGGUGUUUAAGGGAUCAUUUAAGCUUCCUCCGGUAAGCAGCAUGAUGGAUGAUAUUGAUGAAAAAAUGGGGAAGAAACUCAAAUGGUUUGGAAACAGCAGUACCCUACAGACAGAUUACAUAGUCUACAUGGAUGAACUGGCUUCUGCCAUUGGAGUGAAACCCAAUAUUCUGAAGCUGUUUCUGACGGACCCAAGACUGGCCCUGGAAGUUUACUUUGGCCCAUGCAGUCCAUACCAGUUUCGUCUAACAGGUCCAGGAAAGUGGAAUGGAGCCAGAAAUGCUAUCCUGACCCAGUGGGACCGGACACUGAAGGUCACAAGGACUCGAGUUGUUCAUGGUUCUAAGACAGGCUUCCCCCUCUUAAAUUUGCUUACAAUCCUCUUCUUCCCUCUUCUCCUUAUUGCUGUUUUUCUGAUGUUUAACUAAAAAUCAAGUGUUUUCAGAAUCUCAAAGUGAAAAUUGUAUAUAGAGAAGAAAAUUUGUCUUGCCAAGGCUAGUAAGACUUUUGCCAUUGAGGACAUUCCUAGUUCAAGUGUAUCUACAUAUGCAUAGAUAUGCCUUAAUAUAUACACAACACCUGCAGAUAUGAACUCUAUAGUCCAGAGCCCAAUCUAAUAUAAAGUGAAAGAGCUCCAUAACAUUUUAUGUUAAUUUUCACUUAAUGAGAAGCUGGUCCUAUGAUUUGUGCUAUUUUAAUUAUAGCCUAGGAACUACUAAAAGUCGAAGGUAUGACUAGGAAACAGAAAGUAUGACAAGGAAAAUAUAUAUAAAAAAAAGAUAUAAUCUCAAUGCUUUCUAAAUUCAAGAGCUCUUAUGACAUGGUUCUUCAAUAGUGUAAGAUAGAACUGGUCAAAAAGUGCCAUUUAUUGUAUCCAGGAAUUUUUUUUAUAUCUCUCUAUUUUUUUAAAUUCUGUAUGGUAUUUGUUUUGUCUUGUUUCCCAAGGAAAAUCUGAAACUAAUGGGCUCCUAUACACAUGCAGGGAGCCUGCUCCGAGACAUUGCAAAUCCAGUGCAGCAGAGCAGACUUGAUUAGGCGAGUCUGCUGGAGCAUGGAAAUUAAUGCACUCCAGCAGACU